GGGGAUUGUGGGAGCCAUGAACAGCCUGGAAGCCGACGACCCGUACCUGGUGGAGGAGCUGAGUGAAGAAGAGGAAGACCCGGCGUCGAGCUCCGAGGACGAAUUAGAUAUUCUACUCCAUGGCACGCCUGAACGCAAACGCAAAUUGAUCAAGGAAUAUUUAACAGGUGAAAGUGAAUCCAGCGAUGACGAAUUUGAGAAGGAGAUGGCAGCGGAGCUGGAUACCACCAUGAAGGUUAUUGAGGGGAGCUGGUCAUUCACACCUGAAGGUGCUUCCUCCAGUGCCGUGAGCUCUCAGUCGCGAGCUGCUCCCGAACAGCAAUACUACAACGAAGUGUACUUUGACUCGGACUCUGAGGGUGAAGAUGAACAGGAAGGAAGUGGUUCAAAGAAGAAAUGCAGCAAGCGGCAGAAGGUUUUGACAAAUGAUGAGCUUUUGUAUGACCCAGAUCAAGAUGAUCGUGACCAGGCCUGGGUUGACAUGCAGAGGAGAGGCUAUCGUGGACUUAAGCAACACAUGUCAGAAUCGCUGCCAAUCCCUGUCAGCGAUGCAGUUUUGAACUGCCCAGCAUGCAUGACAACUCUGUGUCUGGAUUGCCAACGGCACGACUUGUACAAGGAGCAGUACAGAGCUAUGUUUGUGAUGAAUUGUAUUAUCAACAGAGGAGAAAUUCUCAAGUACAAGAAUCCUACCAAUGGGAAAAGAAGGAACAGAUCCAAGAAAGUGAAAUAUCAAAGUGACAAAACUACAGGCAGCUCAGAGCAGCAUGGGGAGGAGAUAUAUCAUCCAGUACGCUGUGCUGAGUGUUUAGUGGAAGUAGCUGUUUUUGACAAAGAUGAAGUGUAUCAUUUCUUUAAUGUUCUGGCUAGCCACUGUUAGUGUCCCAAUCUUUUUUUGUAAUGUUAAUUGUUGGAUCUAGUGGGAACCUAACCACCAGCAAUGAAGUUGUGUUGGUUAACUGGCCAGGCAGUACCAAAUGGUCCAAUACUGCAGAAUAGUCAUGUUGAGUCCAAAGUUGGUUUCGUGACACCACAGAAACAAGGUUGUAAUCAAAAUUAAGGGGCACCAGUGUAAACCUUAACUAAGAUAACAAUUAGGAUGGGAACACUGAAAGUGUGUAGCUUUGGAAUGCUGAGAAGACUGAAAGUUUCAAAAUUAAAACAAAUUCAUCUCCA